UCAUCACACCGCUCAAAUCAUCAAACACCAUGGCAAAAACCAUAACCACCCUUUUGUUCUUCCUCCUUCUUGGAGGAGUGACCAUAACAAUGUGUGAAGAUGAAGAAAGAGAAGAAGGGUCAUCAUCAAACUUAUUCUUGAUGCAAAACUCAAAGAGUGUUGUCAAAACUCAUGCAGGAGAAUUGAGGUUGUUUAAAAACAAUGAUGAUAGGUUUUUGGAUAGGCACAUGCACAUUGGUUUGCUUAAUAUGGAACCAAGAUCCUUGUUCAUUCCUCAGUAUCUUGACUCCAAUUUGAUCAUAUUUGUCCGUAGAGGGGUAGCAAAGUUGGGAUUCAUAUAUGGAGAUGAACUAGAGGAAAGGAGAAUAAAGACAGGGGAUUUGUAUGUAAUUCCAGCAGGUACUGUAUUUUAUUUAGUGAAUAUAGGUGAAGGUCAGAGACUUCAUGUCAUAUGCAGUUUUGACCCCUCUACAAGUUUAGGUGAUACUUUUCAGCCUUUCUAUAUUGGUGGAGGAGAUAAUCAACAAUCUGUGCUUGCUGGAUUCGGACCGACAAUUCUUGAAACUGCAUUUAAUGAAUCAAGAACAAAGAUAGAGAGAAUCUUCACCAAGAAACAAGAUGGUCCAAUUGUGUUCAUUGAUGAUGAUUCUCAUUCUCCUAGUCUAUGGACCAAAUUCCUUGAACUGAAGAAGAAUGACAAAGUGCAACACCUUAAGACAUUGGUACAAAGACAAGAAGAAGAGGAAGAGGAGAAGCAAACAAGUUGGUCAUGGAGGAAGCUCAUGAAAAAUGUAUUAGGAAAAGAGAAGAAGAAGAUAGAGAAUAAAGACAGAGCUGAUUCCCCUGACUCUUACAAUCUCUAUGAUAGAAAACCUGAUUUCCGAAAUGCAUAUGGUUGGAGCAGUGCAUUGGAUGGUGGCGAUUAUUCUCCGCUCAAAAUACCUGAUAUCGGUGUUUUUCACGUCAAUCUCACCGCGGGAUCAAUGAUGGCACCACAUGUGAAUCCAAGUGCAACAGAGUAUACCAUAGUAUUAAGAGGUUAUGGAAGAAUUCAGAUACUAUUUCCAAACGGAAGCAAUGCAAUGGAAGCAGAAAUCAAAGUAGGAGACAUAUUCUACAUACCAAGAUACUUUCCUUUCUGUCAAAUAGCUGCAAGAAAUGGACCCUUAGAGUUCUUUGGAUUCACAACCUCAUCAAAAAAGAGCUAUCCACAGUUUCUAGCAGGUGCUGCAUCACUUCUUAAGACCAUUUUGGGACCUGAACUUGCAGCUGCAUUUGGUGUGAGUGAGGGCACUAUGAAGGACGUCGUCGAUGCUCAACGUGAAGCUGUAAUACUUCCUUCAACAUGGGCUGCUCCUGGUGGUGGUGGUGGAGGGAAAAAGGAUGAAGAUGUUCAAACAAAGGGUGUUAAAGGGUUUGUUAAUGAUGUGAUUAUGGAUGUUUUUGAAUAGGUUGUUUAAUUGUGGUGGAACAGUUACUAGAGUUGUUGGUAGUGUUUGUACCAUGUUUAUUUUUUGUCUUUUCUUUGGUUCUUAUGUCUUGUGUUAUUUAGUUGUGAACAAAAUGUAAUUUUCUUGUUCAUGGAAUUCUGUUGAGAAUCCCACAAUGUGACCUAAUUCACCUUGCAAGUCAGUUUUCACUGUAAGCCAUUUUUGUA